CGGCUCUCAUUCGAGGAGGAUUUUGCGGGUUAGAGGAUGACAACGAUCCUCCGGAUGAAUUGUUCAUUAGAGCAGUUUCAGUAGAUUAGCGGAGCCUCCACUCACUUUUUAAUGGGAUUUACGGAGGCAGAUGGUUUCCCGGCUGCUGUCAGAUAACACGGAUCUCGCCUACAUGUGUAUAAUUCGGUGUCGCGAUUUGUUUUGCUACAUAGCUAGUUAGCGUUUUUGGCUAAUCAGCUAAGCUAACAGUCACAACUGCUUGUGCUAAUUUGAUUUUUUUUUUUAAGUAGCGUUGUCAAUACGCUGCUUAACGUAAAACAAAUGAUAGACUGUCGCCUCUUUCUCCGGGACCUCAUGGACGUCCCCUUGUCACAAUGUGGUCGGUUUUACCCAGUGACGGAACACGCUUCUCUAAAGUAGUUGAUAACAACUGUGAGCUAGCAUACUUAAAGUAGCUACAGCCGGUUGGCGUUAGCGUCAACAUCUCCAACAGUGGACUGUGAAGGUGUGGACAAGAACAGUUGAGCUAACCGGUUCCUGUUUUAGGAUAACGCCGUCCAGCAUCGGGUGUUAGGAUCAGGAUAUCGCCUGCUCUGAUGAUGGCUAACGUUACAGACCUGCAAACUAAGUACAGCAAGCUGGCGCAGGAGUAUUCUAAGCUCCGUGCCCAGAAUCAGGUGUUGAAGAAGGGAGUUGUGGAUGAACAGGCAAACUCUGCCUCACUAAAGGAGCAACUUAAGCAGAGGGACCAGAGCCUGAGGAAACAAGAGCAGGAGAUGGACAGUCUCAGCUUCAGGAACCAACAGCUGGCCAAGAGAGUUGAGCUGCUGCAAGAGGAGUUAGCUGCUAGUGAAGCAAAGGGCAAAAAGGGAAAGAAUAAAGGUGAUUCUCCGUCACAGCAUGGCCUACAGACUCAGAAUGUUUUUGAUGAGGACCUGCAGAAAAAGAUAGAAGAAAAUGAACGACUCCACAUUCAAUUCUAUGAAGCAGAUGAGCAGCACAGAAGGCAGGAAGCUGAGCUGAAGGCAAGACUAGAGGAGCUGGAGAAAGACUCUGAGCAGCAUCAAGCUGUUGUGGAUGAAUUCACCACCAAGUACAUGGAAACAACAACUCGGCUGCAGAGUGACAAGGCACGCCUGGAGGUGAAAGUGCAGACUCUGGAGAGGGAAUCAAAAGAGUGCAGAAUGCGAACAGACGAGUGUCAGCAGCAGCUGAGGCGGUGCCAGUCAGAGCUGAAUAGACAGGUGAAACAGAGCAGCAGUGUGAUCCAGGAGAAAGUGCCCUUCAAUGACACAAAAUUUAGUGACUACAACAGCCUCAAUGUACCACCACACAAUCGAAAGCACCAGAUUAAGUCCCGGGAUGUGGCAGGUCAGGCUCUGAGCUUUAUUCAGGAUCUGGUUGCUGCUUUGUUAAACUUCCACUCCUACACAGAGCAAAGAGUACACAUUUAUCCCCUGGACUCUUCCAUUGAGCCCAUCUCCCCUCUCAACCAGAAGUUUUCUCAGUACCUACAUGAGAAUGCAGCCUUUGUGCGCCCCCUUGAGGACAGCUUUUUGCAGUUACACCAAAGCAUCACAGAAGACACAGUCACAGUAUUGGAGACUGUGGUCAAACUGAAGAGCUUUGCUGAUAUUUUCUCCUCAUACACCCACUUUCUGCAAAAGAUUCUCCCCUACCAGCUGAAAAGCCUUGAAGAAGAGUGUGAGGCAACGCUUUGUACUGCUGCCCUCACUGUGAAAAAUCAGGAGCUACAGAGCGAUAUGAAGAAAGUUACUUCUGUGUUUGAGAAACUGAAGAACUACAUAAAUCUUUUGGCUUUACCUAGUGUUCAGCAGGAUGCCAUGCCACAGAGCAGCACGUCAGCUGUCUUCACCCAGCUGGCUGCCUGUCUGCACAGUCUCCACGAUGCUGUUAAAGAGAUGUCAAAGCACUACAACCAGAAGGCCAGCUUAGAGCAGGAGCUCCCUAAUGUCACCCAGAAGCUGUGCACCACCACAGAGUGUCUCCUGGGAUCGCUGGGCUCUCUGACUAACAGCACUGGCAAGAUAGCCACUUUCUUCAGCAACAACUUGGACUUCUUCACGUCCUCGGGCUACGGUCUCAAAGGCAGCACACUAGCCCUCAACCCCUUGCAAGCUGAGAGCAUGCUGGCCAACAAAAAGAAAGCAACUGCCUAUAUUCAUGCUAUCACACAGCCCAGGCCACAGACUGUUCCAUACAGAGAAGCCCUGUCAAACCGCCGCAUACUUACCAGUUCCACUGAGAGUAGAGAGGGUCUCACUCAACAGGUGCAGCAGAGCUUGGAGAAGAUCACUCGGCUGGAGCAGGAGAAGGAGCACUGGCUCCUGGAAGCUCAGCUGGGGAAGGUGCGGUUGGAAAAGGAGAACCAGCGCAUCACAGAUCUGGAAGCACAGCUCACAGCUGUUCUUGGAGGAAGUCUGAACGUACAAACGCCUGGAAACAACACCGUUGCACCAAGCCACGAGGAAGCAGAGAUGGAACAUAAAAUGACAGGGAAAGAGACGACGCUGUGCACCAGCCUGGUUGGCAUGUUGUGCACCACACCUACAGUUGAACAUGUGGGAGAUGAGGUGUCCAGGGAGCAGCUGAUAAAGACUCACUACAUGGCCAGAGUUGGAGAACUCACUACCCAGCUCCAAAUCUCAGACAGCAAAGCUGUGCACUUUCACUCUGAGUGUCGAGCCUUGGCCAAGAGAUUGGCCAUCGCAGAAAAGUCACGGGAGACUCUGAGUGAGGAAGUCAAACUGGCGAAUCAGAACAUCACGCGCUUGCAGGAUGAGCUAACUACCACUAAAAGGAGCUAUGAAGACCAGCUCAGUAUGAUGAGUGACCACCUAUGCAGCAUGAAUGAGACUUUGAGCAAACAGAGAGAAGAAAUUGACACGCUCAAACUGGGGAGCAAGGGAAACGCCAAAAAGAACAAAGGUCGCUAGAGCUGCCCUCAAAACUCUGGUUCCAUGUGGCAUCACUAAGAGCACUUUUGAAAGAUGAGCUGGACUGUGGAGCGGCAGCAUCCUGUUUCCAACACGACCACUGUUCCCAAACCACAGGAUGGCUACACAAGCCUCAGAUUCCUCUGUUGACAGUGGCAAGAGAAAUGAGCUGCAUGGAGGUUCUGUCUCGGCACCACUUAUAACACAAUUUGGUAUAAAAAAAAAAACUCUUUCUUAAACUGCACCGGAAGCUGUUGCUUGACCAUUUGGUCAAAGAAAAACUGAUUUCCUCAAAAGGGAAAAAAGGAAGACAAAUGCUGAAAUCGAGACUUGAAGACCAAACUCUGUUCAUCAGUGUGUGGACUUUUCCUGCUUAGCAUACAUGUGAGAGAAAAUGCAACUGGAUUUCCACAGCUUUAUUUGUGGGAGCAGGUUAAAAAAAAAAAAAAGUGAAUGCAGGUGUUGCUGUAUGUGCUGGUAUGUGACUGUGACACCAGGCGUUACAGCAUUUAAAUAAUGUUUAAUACUCACCUUUUUUUAUCAUAUUGAAGUGGUUUCAUGAGCCUGUGUGUCUACAUGGGUGAGAAUACUCUUUUAUUACACACUUGACAACCUCAUAAAGGACUAGCUGAAUGAACAAAUAAUAGUCACACUUGAAUUCAUUCCAAAUUUUUUGAAGACAUUUCACUUGUUGGGGGAAGUGAAGAAUAAAGGAGAAAAGAAAUCUGAUUAACUGUGCUCACGGUUAAGAUGGACAAGUCGUAGCUCGUAAAGUCGUGUCAUUCUUUCUGUGUUAAAGUCCUUUUAUCACCAAAUAAGUGUGGAAGUGCACUGGUGUGGUGAGAGUCUCUACAUGUAUGUCAUAAUAUAUAUAUAGAUUAAAAAGGUUGUUGUGAAUAUUCACUCAUUUCAAAUCCUAAAAUAAUUGUACUAUAUAAUUUUAAAAAAAUAUAUUCGAAAAAGGCAUUUAUUUAUAGAUUACUUUUCUUUAUUUUACACAAUAUUGGGAAAACUAAGUCUUCAGCUGUAAGCCUGGUUUGAUGUUGUAACUGGUGCUUAGGCACAAGUCAUAAGUUUACAAUAAAAUAGCUCUCUGGCUUGUAGCAACAUGAGAUCAAUUAAAAGAAAAGCAUCACAGUGGUUGAGUAUUCUAAUCUCUUGUUUGCCAGUCCACACCUGCCAGGAAACCUUUGACCACCAAGAUUUGUCAACGCCCUCUGACCUGAUUUAAAAAAAAAAACAACCAAUAUUACUUGUAUUCUCAAAGUGUAACCUGUUGAAAAGCACAUAUAAAUAUGUGAAGCAAAAAUAAAGAGCCUGCUCAACACUUA